AUGGCCGUGCACAAUAUCGAUUCAUAUUUCAAAACCAAAGCAAUGGAAUUUCAUCAAAAUAUUUAUGAUCAAAUCAGUGACUGGAAUGAUUUGGAAAAUUUUGACGAACGUACCUGCAAAAUUUUAGAUUCUUUCGAAACACCUUUAGACCAAAAAAGCAACAAUAUAAUUGAUCGAAUUUACAAUACCAUAGUUACGCCUAAUGUUCCAUUAAUUCAAUGCUGUGGAUUAUAUAUAUUUACAUAUAAUCACAAAGCUGCGGUAGCAUGUAAAGAUGAUAAAUUGUGUGACCUCAUUGAAACGCAUGCAGUAAUUAAAGUAAAAAAGGGAUAUAAUUCAUCAUUAUCUGAUAUAAUAUAUAUUGAUGAACAUGCGAGGAUAUAUGAAUCUUGGGAUGAUUUCAUACAAAAUAAUGAACUGUCACAAUGUACUAUGUAUGUCCCCAAAAAUGGUAUUUACCAAGCUAACUUAAGAGAAAUAUGGUCCGAAGACUAUUGUCCUGUGUGGAUUGAAAAAUUUAUAAAUAACAAAGUAUGCAAUAAUAUAGAUACAGUAUGUAAUGUUAUCAAUAUUGGAUUGAUGGGUGUUGCAAUUGCUGCCUCAUUUCAUCCAAUAGGUGCUACAAUAAACAGUAGUGUUCAGGUAGGAAAAUGCAUCAGUACGUUAUGGACCAGUGGCAGAGCAGUGCGUAAAUUACACGAUCGCAGCAAACACUGCCAAUCAAUAAUGCCAACUAAUAUGGAGACCAUCUCAAGUUAUCUCGGAAUAUUAGACAAUGUCUGUAUAGGUACUUAUAAUGCUACAUCUACAAUAAUGUCAAAAGCUCUAAACAAGGGUAGAAACGUAGGGAAUUCUGUUAAAUUUAUUCAUAAUGCAGCUAUUAUUGGAAAUACUGCUUUUAGCACUAGUGGACUAGUAACGAAUUCUAUGACUUUUGUUAACAAUUUUAAAAAAUCUAAGAAGGUCCCAUUUCAAGAUGCAUUAGCUUUAGGUAUAAACCUUCUAUUAUUUUAUAACUCUAUUGUCAGCUUUCAAUUUGCAUCUGAAUUAAUUCAAUCGAAACAAGAUGAAAUAAUAAAUGAAUAUCAAAAGUCUCUUUGCAAAAAAAAACGCAGAAACCAAUUCAAAAGAUUAGUAAGAAAAGUAAAACCCAAUACAAAUAAUAAUAUAAAACAAAACGAACAAAUAAUUAGAUCUGUAAAGAAAGUAAAUAAUCAGGAGUCAUUUUUCAAGUUCCUUAUGGGAAAUUCAUUAGAUGCAUUAUCAAGAAAAGACUCCAAUUUCCAAAAAAUUUUAGACUUUGCAGAAAUGUUAAUAGAUAAUACAUCGUUAAACAAUGACUUAUCGAGAGAAAAUAACUCAAAUAAGAAUAAACCAAGUUCCAUAAAUUUCUCAAAUAUAAAUAUUGAAUUAGAAUACUUCAGAAACUUGAAAAUAAUUUUGGCAAGUAUAGAGAAUUUUAAUUGUACAGAAAUAAUAAGGAUUCUUUUGAUGAAUGGAGCUAGAAAGUUUACAGAGAAUAAAUCAAAGAUUACAGAUAUAGCUAUUGGUUUUAUAUGGAAAUAUUUAAAACAUAGAUUAAAAAAAUGGAAUCUAAUCCUGAUACAGAAUUAG